GCGUAUGUGCGCAUGAAUACAUUAGCUAUUGAAUUUUUCAGGUGGACUACUUUCUAGGGGCCAUUUCCUCUUAUUCACGAACUUCCUGUUAUUUCCAUCGGAAAUCCAGCUUCAUCGAGGAAUUUAGAGCAUCAAAAUGGGCGAACGGGAGGAGUGUGUAUAUAGAAGUAAAUUGGCUGAACAGGCCGAGAGAUAUGAAGAUAUGGUAGAAUGGAUGCAGAAAGUGGCAGAAAUGGAUCAAGAGAUGACGGUAGAAGAACGUAACUUGCUUUCUGUUGCCUACAAAAAUGUUAUUGGAACAAAAAGGGCAUCAUGGAGAAUAAUAACUGGAAUUGAACAAAAAGAGGUCGAAAAAAAAAGUGAAACGGGCAAGCAAUUGGGUUACAUCGUGGAAUACAGAAAAAAGAUUGAGCAAGAAUUGAAACAAACCUGCAAUAAAGUGUUACAAGUGUUAAAAAAUAUCUUGGAAAGACAGGAACUUACAUCAGGAGAAUCGAAAGUGUUCUACUAUAAAAUGGAGGGGGAUUAUAACCGCUAUCUAGCAGAGUUCUCCACUGGUGAUGACAGAAAAAAAGCCUCUGAAGACAGUUUACUGGCCUACACAAAUGCUACACAAGCAACUGGGGCAGAUCUACCACCCACCCACCCCAUUCGCCUUGGUUUGGCCCUCAACUUUUCAGUAUUUUACUAUGAAAUUCUGAACUCGCCCAAAAAGGCGUGCGACCUUGCGAGAGAAGCCUUUGAUGAAGCUGUAGGCCAGUUGGAACAACUGUCUGAGGAAAGUUACAAGGAUUCAACACUAAUCAUGCAGCUGUUGAGGGACAACCUGACACUGUGGACCACCGACAUGGGAGAUGCCGAGGAGGAACAACAGGGCGGAGUUGUGGAGGACAUCGAAGGGCAAGAUUCUUAGUGUGACCCUAUAUCUUCGGCUGUAUCGGAUGCUUAGUAGCAACAUCUUAAUUAUUAUAUAAAUGUAACGAAGGAAUCAUUUGAUGCAACGAGUACUAAGCAUGUUGUCUAUAGAACUUUGGAGCCCCUAUAAGGGUGAGAUACUUUCUAUCAAGAUGUAGUGCUAAAUUAAGACAUGCCAGAUGAAAGACUUUUGCAGAAAAUUUUGAUUAAGGAGUUUUGACUUUUGAGAUCAUCUUGUACUUUUGGCAAAAUAUGUGUCCCCUAAUUUAAAUGAAAACAAUAUGAAAUUUUUGGUAUAUCGGGUGAAAUAGUAGUAUGCUUACAUGCACUUUGUACUUGUUACAUCAAAUUAGGUUAUGGUGAGGAUCUGUUGCUAUAGUAACCAUUCCUGUAACUUGAGGCCCCUUAGAAAGUGACCUUGCCCCUGUAAAAAGGCAGACAACCCAGAUUUAGUGUUACUAGAAUUGUAUUGGUCAGUGUAAAGAAAGAGCAUUUGUGUGGAGAAACGGACCUUGAUGUCUUAAAAGAAAAUGUCACCCAUGCAUAUAGGUGUGGUAAUUGUAGGAGAAAAAAUAAGUUAACAAUAAUACUAUUUACUAAAAUUAAGUCCAGAUAUAUUUAUUGAUAUACUGGUGAUGGUGACGGGGCCUGACCUUUGUUAUUAUUUAAGGGGCAAGUCAAUGAUUUUUUUUUUUUUAUAUUGGUAGUACUGCUCUAUCUUUAGAAUCUCGGGUGUAAAGGUCUACAUGCCAGAAGCAGUGACUGAGCUGUUCCAGUAACUUGAAACACUACGGAUUGGUGACCUUUUUCGCUGCGUACCUAUUCCCACUAUGGCACAUAUGUCUUGGUCAAACAAAAACACUUUUGGUAGUUUGUUUUGAAAAGAAAAAGAAGUGUAAGGUGCGCUGGCGCCAGAAUAGGUCGGCAAUCGGUAAUGUACUAAGGCUUGAUUUUCACACCCCUGAAUCAGUAAAAAAUAUUUCCUUUGUAUCUAAUGUGAACUGACAUAAAAUUUCAAACAAAUCCCCUAGGUGAUAGAUACAUCCAAAUUCACCUUUAUUCCGAAAAACAAAAUGUUAAAAAAAAUAAUGAACUUCAGACAUUGACUGAUCAAAUAUUGUUGCUCAACAUUGUUGUGUGUACUGUGUUACUAUUUACAAAUUUACCAUGUCCAUUUUCCAUUAUCGCACGUCCUAGGGAACAGUGAGUGCUCAGAUUGGUUUAAAAAAGGUUGUAAUUUUAUUGUUAUGAUUAAUGCAUGCCAUCAUUACAUGCAGGUUUUUUCAUUCUUGUUCAAGUUUUCAUUUGGCUUCAUGUAGAUAACACUCAAUGACUUGAUAUAAAGAGCAAAAUUUGUAGUUUUCACAUUGCAUUGUCCUGUUUUUGUGAUUUUUUUUUACACUUGAGUGUGAUUAUUGUGUUAAUUUUUGAUAUGUUUGCCCUCUGAUGUACAAGAGAUAGAAAAUUCCGACUUGUGUAAUUUUACAGCGUUUAUACAAAUGAACCACGAACAGAUGUUUAUUUUGGGAACUAUUGAUAUUCCAGGAUCCAAGGUCUGAUUAGGUAUACUUUAAAGACUAAUUAACAAUCUAACACUGUCCAUAACUGGUAUAUGCUGUAGUAACUUAUUAGGGGAAGUGUCUAACUUCAUUACAAACUUUACCCUGAAAAGUCGUGUGACUUCUCAUCCAUGGAGGAUGAGCUGCAUUGAUUGCACUGUCAGUUUUCUUAUGUCCAAUAAGUAGAAAGCAAAUUGAAGCAAAUUUUUUGUAGAAUGAAUAUCAUGAAUUGUAUGUCUCUGUAAUGUGCUUUUCUAACAGUAAAACAUUAAAAAGCAACAAUAUACUGCCA